AUGAGUGCUACUAGUACGGAUUGGGAGAGAAUGUUAGAUGAUGCACUCUGGGCUUUUAAAACUCUGAUCGGCAUGUCUCCAUGCAAGUUGGUAUUUGGUAAGGCGUGUCACUUAUCGGUGGAGUUGGAGCAUAGUGCUUUGUGGGCGUUGAGGCAGUUGAAUCUCGAUAUUGAAGUUGCAAGAACAAGUAGAAUCAUGGAGUUGCACGAGCUUGAUAAAUUUCGAUACCAUGCUUUUGAGAGCACGAGAUUAUACAAGGAGAGAAUGAAGAUGAUACAUGACAAAAAUAUUAUUGAGCGGAGUUUUAAACCCGGAUAUAGGGUAUUGCUAUACAAUUCACGACUGAGGUUAUUUCCAGGCAAAUUAAAGGCAAGAUGGUCAGGGACAUUUCGUGUGGUUGAAAUUCAUCCCACUGGUGUCGUAGAGAUUGCUGCGGAAAAUGACUCUCGCAAAUUCAGAGUCAAUGGGCACAGAUUAAAACAUUAUGUAGGCAUGGAUGAAGCAAAGGUAGUGUUAGUGACUCAUUUGACCGAGCCUCCGAUGCUGAGCGUACCUUAA